UCCGUUGUAUUCAACUAUGAGCAAUCUAAGAACCAUUUGCCGCCUCAGACGUUAUUCUCGUCAAUCGCGAGCUAUUGCAGGACUCUCGCUGUCGAUCCCGCUCUAUUGUUAGCCUGUCUUCGGCUUCUGUGUCUCCCUUGGAUUGAUUCUUCGGACGUGCCCAAAUACGAGCCGUGGAUGAGACUGAACCAGAGGAGAACGGUGGUUAGGGCGUCGAAUUGGACGGACGCCAAAUCGCCAUACGAAACUCUGGAUGCUUCUUGGCAUAGAGGAAAGGGAGUAGUUGGAAAGGAUGCCGAUGAAGAGAAAAUAAAGUUGGCUUAUAGGCGUCUGGCCAAGUUUUAUCAUCCAGAUGGUGGUUAUUGA